UCUGAAACGAGUUUAGGAUUGGGGCCAGUGAGACACUACUGAACCAUAAGUUUACGAGCUUUAUCGUUGCUCAUUUUAACCUGCAACGAAACGGCGUAAAGAUACCAUCAAAUACUCAGAAUUAAAAUACUUAGCUGCAUCUGAUCAGUACUGCUGCUGUACAUUGAGCAGCCUACUACUGUUUUGGAAGUUAACUGAAGUUUUUGCAGUAUCGAGAAAGGCAGAAAGAACUAUCGAUAUGUCUCUAGUCGUGAAAGAGAAGACAACAGUCCGCCUGGUUUUCUUUGGGGCCGCCGGUGUCGGGAAGACUGCGCUGAUACAGCGGUUCCUCCAGGACAAAUUCGACCCCAAGUACAAGCGGACAGUGGAAGAGCUACACAGCAUCGAGAACAUCAUCGACGGCGUGAAAAUAAAAAUCGAGAUCAUGGACACGAGCGGCAGCUACUCGUUCCCGGCGAUGAAGAAACUCUGCAUCCGCAACAGCGACGCUUUCGCCCUGGUCUACUCCAUCGAUGACCCGGAGUCUUUCGAGGAGGUCCGGAGGCUCAGGGACGAGGUCCUGGAGAUCAAAGAGGACAAAUGCACCCCGAUUGUGGUGGUGGGAAGCAAAGCGGACCAGGAGAACCAGAGGCAGGUCCUCGCCGAAGAUGUCAUGUCAACUGUGGAGCUAGACUGGAACGCCAGCUACGUGGAGGCUUCCGCCAAAGACAACUCAAAUGUAAUCGGCGUGUUCAAAGAGCUGCUUCAACAGGUAAACCUGCCCAGCAGACUAAGCCCGGCUCUCCGCAGAAGGAGGGAGACAUACCCUAAAGAGAACGCUAGAGUCAGAAGACCACACAUGAGUAAAACGAACAGUUGCAACAUCUCCUAAUCGAUCGAUUAUGAUAUGAUCAGACGAGUCGCUGCACUGAACUUGGGGUUUAUGCCUGUGAUCAGUUAGGGCUUUGGCAAGUUCUGAGCAUAGAUCCGAGGGUCAAUGAAAGAUUGCUUGUAAGGAUGUUAACAGGUGCGGUGUGUUAGUCUAAUGGUGGUAAUGACAAGAAUUGGGGUUUAUGUUUCUUCAUUUUGUAAAUCAAUAAGUGAAAUCAUAUACAGUAAUAUGCAUUUCCUUAUCAAGAAAUAUUAAACAAGCGCAGUUGGACAUUCUUUAUCAAGGCAGGAUCUGCAUCAGUGAAAAACAACUGUGUUUUAAUAAGUUGUACAAUAAAUAUAUUGAACUCCAAAUUGGAGUAUUUCAGUAACUCGUGUUUUGAUUGAGACUACCUGUUUAAAAAAAAAACGUUUGUAUAAAACUUUUUUUAUUAUUAUUAUUAUUUUGUAAUUAUGUGUUAUUGCCUCUGAAAAGUGCUUCAAAAGAACUCUUGAUGUAUGUUUGAGUUCCUUGUCAUCAUGAAUUUGGUAUUGAGAUUAAAUGCUGUGAAACCUGUGGCAGUUGACCAUCACAGCUUUAUUAUUAAGAACGUAUUUCUAAUGUGCAAUAAACAAA